ACAAAACUAAUUUUGGAAGCGGCAAAACGUCCGUUUGUAGUAAAAUAAUUCUCGCUGCUGCCACUAGAUGGCACGUGGUGUUUGUAGGUUUCAUCUUUGAGUAUUACUCAAAGGUUUUUACUGUGUUAUUACACAACUAGCAGUUCUACUCAGGAAGGUCAAACGCAGAUGCGGAGAAAUUGAACCACGUUUUUAGCUUUGAGUAUAUAUGUAGAUAAAGGUUUUCUAUAUACUCAAAGGUUUUUAGCAUUUUAGUUGGAGACAUAAAUCCACGUGGCGUUAGUGGCAUCACACACACGUAUCUUACUUAUCGGUGAGUACGACCAACACAGCUAUGAAAAUUUCAGCGUCGGUAACCGUCGGUUUCCGUCGGUACUCGUCGUCAUUUAAAGUCCGCGAAACCGAAACAUUUAAAUCGCUGAAGUAACACCACGUGGUCGUGGUGGGUCAGGAUGAUUUUUGUUACCUUGCAGUGUUUUAAUUGUGAUUUUGUGUGUUUACGUAGUUUUAUGGCGCCUAAAAAGUGCAGAGUGAGAGGGUGUACAUCGGAAGGAAAGCAACUUCGGCAAUUUCCCGAUAUGAUAAAAGAUAAGGAACGCUGCCUUAAAUGGAUAGAAGCGUGCGAUAAUCCCUGUCUUCUGGAGAUGAAUUCGCUAAAAAAUGUGAAAAUCUGCGAUAUCCAUUUUGAGGACUUUUAUAAAUUAAAUAUCAGACUAAGUACAUCAGCAGUGCCAACCCUCCAUUUGCCAAAACCUGCAGCUGUUGAUGCUUCGAUUCCUGCAGCAAUUCCUGCAGCAAUUCCUGAAGGAAUCAAAGCAACAGAUACAAUGGGAAUUGUGACCUCGCAGACACAUUCUGAUGGGCACAGUAGUAGAACUAAACCGACAGACCAGCAGACAGAUAGGCACCAACACUGACGCGAUUUAUCUCGCGAUCUCGAGUGAUUUUAAAAUCGAAAGAGUAUCGAUAUUAGAUAAAAGCACCAAUUUAAAGUAAACCGAAGUAGUAAUGCGACUUACCAACAGGUGAAAGAUAGAUAUCUAGUCGGAAAUCACUAACCACGUCUCAUUAGAGAUGGCGUGAACUGCUACUUUUGAAUCACUCGUGAUUCAAUCACGUUCAUUCUCAAUCACGAUGAUUUUUCACAGUGAUUCGUGAAUCUUCGUGAACGCUUCUAAUUGGUUGAGAACAUUCUUUUGAUUGAAGUUUAAUCACGACUGCGAUCGUGAUUGUGUGAUCACGGUGAAAAAUCAUUGUUAGUGAUUUUUCACGCCAUCCCUACGUCUUAUCAGGCCGGCGCAUGAUGCUCCCCUCCAGGCCAGGCGCUCUUCUUCAGUUCGCGAGCGAGUGCGGCCCGUGGCUGCGCGCGCAACUAGGCGGCGCCGGCGGGAUGUUUGAAGAGGGGAUGACGCUGCUUCUCCCCAUAGUUUCCUCUUCCAAAUGAAAAUUAAUUCUCAGGUAAAAUCUAUGGUUGCGAAAAAAAAGAAACAUAUCAGAUUAGUUUCUCAAUGAUUCGCCACACUUUUCUGCAGCCAUGUAGAAAAUCAAUGUUUAAUAUGAACAAAUAUUUACCUCUGCUAAUUGAACAGCAGCAGCAGACGAGAUAGGUACUUGAAUCGGCGUUCGCAACUUCGAUACUUCGAAACCCGCUCAGUGAGCGACCUAGUGAGCGAUGACAUUUCUGAAUGCACCUAUUGUUUAUAUAUUUCGAAUAAAUUAAGAAUAAAACACUUUUUACAUGGAAAUCGACUAUAAUUUUUGUUUAAAUUUGUAUGAAAUUUACACAUAUGUUAUGUAAGAUCGUAAAGAAGGAAGGGAAGUCUUGGUGACUUUCUCCUCAC